AUGGAUCUCUCCCGCCAGGAGUAUCCAGCCUUGCUGGCAUCUUUACAACCAAACCAAGCCGCGUCUGUAUUAGCCGAUCGAAUCCGUGUCAUCAACAAGAUCAAUGCGGACAUCGCGGAUUGGCUGCAAGAACGUCGCCGCAUCGAAGAAGCCUAUGCGCAGGGGCUACGAAAACUCUCCCAUCGGCCCCAAUUGGACAAUGCAGCUGCCUUAGGAAUCUUCCAAAUACCAUGGCAGCGCAUUGUCAGCUCGGUCGAAUCGGUUGCUGCCUCGCAUGAGACGUUUGCGCAGAAAAUCGAUGAAGACGUUGAGCGGCCAUUGAGGGAAUUCAAUACCAAGAAUAAGGAGCUUGCUUCGAUGCCCGGAGUUCAAAAUGACCUUACAGCUCUAGCUAAGAACGUGGAAAACUCGCAGAAGAAGGUAGAAAAGGCCAAAGAGAAGGGCCCGAAGGGCGCGGACAAAUUAGCGACUGCUGUGAGUGCUGCGCACGAGGUGAGCCAGCAGUGGGAGUCGAGAGCGCCGUUUGUCUUCGAACAGCUUCAGGCGGCGGAUGAAAGCCGACUCAACCACCUGCGAGAUGUUCUGACCCAACUGGAAACCCACGAGUCCGAUCAGAUUGAGCGCUGUCGGCAGGCGGCGGAAAGCUGCUUGAAUGUCCUUCUGAAUGUGGAAACUGCAGAUGAGAUCAAGACUUUCGCUGCGAAGAUUAACGGAGGACGACCAGUUGCGCCACUGCGACAGCAAACAUUUUCACCUACGCCGGUAGCAUCACCUCCGACGUCUUCAGGACCGGAACCGCCCCUUCCACCUCCGCCGCGUGUUCAGGAUGAUGCUGCUAGCCAUCGAUCUACGAGUUCCGGGCGAGCGAAACCACCACCACCUCCAGUCCCGGAGCCUCGGCAUGGAACGCCAUUUGGUGGUCUCAGACGGCUAGGUACGGUCAUGAACAGAAGAAAGAGUAUUGCUCUGCCUUCUGGCCCGUCGUCGGACAAGAAGUACCGUAGCCCGUUCUCCUCCUUCAAGCGGGGAGACGCGCACAACAUGCAGAUCCCAGAAGACGCUCCUGAGCGCCCGGACACCGCCGUGACCUCACAAGGCAGCUACAGCGAAGCCACUCGCCUUCCAAGCGAAUCUAAUGAUCGAGAAGACAGAGGCCACUUCUCGCCUAGCCCCCCGCCACACCCGGCGAUUCCUGACACGAACGGGUUCAUAUCACAAGGAAACGCGGCCCCAAUAGGCCUCACGGGUGUCACAACUGAGCCUCGAGUGGAUGCGGAGGGUUACUCUGAACGACCGCAGACUAUUGACGAGAUUACUUUGGCGCAGCGCGAGGCAGCCGGACAUGAGGAAUCAGGGCUGAACUUGACGAUUAGAGAUCAGCCGAUUCCUGAAGACGAAAAUCAAGCUCAACAAGCGAUGAAUGACAUGGCUAGCCAGUUACGACUUCAAGCGCAGCAAAGCGGAAUAAGGCGAAAUGCGAGCACGAUACGUGGACGACGCGACGUCCGUAACACCGUCUUUGUCCCUACCACACCGCCACCGGUACACGCUGUUCCGAAUCUAGCCACAGCUCACGACGUCUCUGAGCCCACAUCUCCAACUUCGCCAGGAAGACAUGUAGCUUCGCUCAGCAAUGCUACAGAUGACCAUGCGCUGUCCGACACAACUUCAGUACGCUCAUCGCACACUUUGCACAGCAUCUCAGGCCCUGUUGCGCACUCCGAACUACAUGAGCCUGGGUUGAAUGCGUCCAUUAUUGAGACAGUCAAUGCCUGGUUCUCCGAGGGCGUGGUGACCAAAUCGUUCGUUGUCGGCGAGCUUGCCCUGGCGUUCAAUGCCGCUCAAGAUACCCCGUCGGACAAAAUCCGAGUCCGUCUGAAUAACUUCCCGGUCCUCGAGAAGGUAGCCGCAAACCCGAAUUUUAUCCGUGAAGUGCAGGAUCAGUCGGACGACAAAAGGGGCGAGUACGAUGUUUCACUUCCCAGUAUCACACGUCCUGCUCCCACUGUCGGUUUCAAGUACCAGGUCCAUAUCAAACCUGAAGACACAUCGGCCUUUUGUCCAGUCAUCUUCAAACCAGUGUGGAACCUCGAGGAAUUCCAGGCCAGCGUGAUCAUCUUCUACUCGCUAAACCCGUCCUUCGCAUCCUCCAUGUCUAAGGACUCAAUCACACUGACGAACCUGGUGCUCACUGUCAACCUGGACACGUCUCCCCAGGAAGAUCGAGAAGUCGCCCACGCCACCAACGCCGUUAUGUACCCCAACACCGGUGCCGUCUUCCGCCGCAAGCAGUCAGCGGUGAUCUGGAAGAUACCUGAGUUCGAAGUGAGCAGUGGAUCGGACGGGAAACUCCUCGUUCGCUUCUCAACGGCAAACAGCUGGCCGCAGAAGGGCAAGGUCGAGGCGAAGUUCGAGGUCCGCACGCCUGAUGCUGGAUCGCGCCUUGGGAUUAGUGCUGCUUCAAGACCGGCAGGGUCGGAUCCUUUCGCGGAUGAGGAUAAUGCUCAACCCCAAUGGAAUGAUGUCCCGACGACGCGGAAGCUCGCUGUUGGGAAGUACGUUUCUUCCUAG